AAAAAUCGGAACAGCUCUUUCGCCGAGUAGAGUGCGGGAAUUUUAAUUUUACAAAACUUAUAGUUUGCAGCAUUUAGGAUCAAUUUUGUUACAAAAUCAGCAUAAUUUGAAACAAAAUUACAGGUUUUUGAACACAAUUAUACGCCAGAUCACUACAACACCCAAAACACCUGUUUUCAAGAAGUAGGCGUGGAAAUAUCGUUAUGGCUUCGAACAAACAGUUGAAUAAAAUAACACUGAAAGGUUCCGCUGCAAUUGUGUCCGAAUUCUUUUUUUAUGGAAUCAACAAUAUUUUAUACCAGCGUGGUGUUUACCCUCCUGAAAUGUUCAAACAAGAGAAAAAGUACGGUCUGACCAUUUUGACAACAACGGAUCCUAACCUACUAACGUAUUUGAAUGAAAAUGUAUUACCUCAAUUGACUGAAUGGAUUGAACAAGGGGUGGUAAAACGUUUAGUCGUUGUCAUACGUGAAUGUGAAACUAAUGAAACUUUAGAAAGAUGGCAGUUUGAAAUAGAAUGUCAAAGCGAUGGUAAAGAAAAUAGUAAUCCAAAAAGCAAAGACAUCAGCGUUAUAAACUCUGAAAUAAGAGCCGUCAUACGACAAAUAACUGCAACUGUUACUUUCCUUCCUUUACUAGAAGUGCCGUGUUCAUUUGACUUGUUAUUCUACACCAACCAUGACUUGGUCGCACCAGAGCAUUGGGAAGACUCGAGUGCUUGUUUGAUUAAUAAUUCUGAAGUUGUCAAGCUUAGAUCAUUUUCAACAUCUGUUCAUAAAGUUGAUGGAGCUGUUUCAUAUAAGUUUUCUAUGUGAAGUGUGUGACAAACACUGAAAACAUGUAACAUUAGAUACCUGUCAAUCAUAGAUGCCAUUCAUGUUGCUAAACAUCUCUUUGUAACUUUACUCACUGCCUGCCGUGCUUAUCUGUACCACAUUAUAUCAUGAAGACAGGUUCAAUCAUCCAUUUGUCUAUUGUUAGUCUUAUCUUGAUAAAGUUGUACCAUCUGAAACUAAAUAUCUUUAUUCUGAACUUAGCAUCUCACGCACAACCUGGUCUAAUUUUUUUCUACUCUCAAGGGUUUAAACUGUAAACCUAUCUAAGUCUAACCUUAACAUUGUAUGAUUGUUCAUUUAUUGCACAAAAUAUCAUCAUCUGGAUACCAUUAGCAUUGCAACAGUGGAAAAUACAUAUAAAUAAAACAAAAUCUUUGAUCAGUGGCACCAUAUGUUGUGUAGCAGUUUAAACAUAUGUUGUAACAAUAACCGACUAUAACGUCACUUAUGUACUAUGUGUAUCGUCCGUAACAGUUUUCUUGAUGUAAAUAAAAAUUCUGUACCA